GGGAAUGAGUGAUAGGAUGGGCAUUUUGGAGGGUAUGUAGGGCAUUUUGUUGGCGUGACGGGAUCGUCGCAAGUUAAACAAGGAUACGCCCCUGCACAAGAUGGGUAGCACAAAGACCAACCGUUCAUACAUUGUGGCCAAGUACCUGGCACCGACCAUCCACCUGUUCCUGAUCGGAUCUCUCACCACGACCACGGUCGUGAUCAAGCUCGCCGCCGGCGAGUCGGUCUGGUUCUACCUGAUCUUCCCGGUGCUGAUCUUCGCCAACUGGGCCCAGUUCCUGCGCCACCCGAGCUACGUGGAGCCGUCGGACCGGGCCGAGAACCGCGUCAGCCGCUACCCGCUGCUGCGGCCCGACCAGUGCCAGCCGAUCCGACCGUCGGACGACGACGUGCACGAGCGCAUCAUGGACCCGGCGCCUCGCUUCCAGGUGGCCGACGGCGUGCACUUCUGCCGGCGCUGUGCGUUCCACGUGCCGGCGUGCUCGCACCACUGCCCGCUCUGCCUACACUGCAUCCGGCUGCGCGACCACCACUGCUUCUUCCUGGGCGCGUGCGUCGGCCGCGACAACAUGGUCUACUUCCUGGCGUUCUGUCUGCACGCCUGCCUGGGCUGCGCCGUGGCCGCGUACUGCAUCAGCGCGCAUCUGCACCGCGCGCUGAUGCCGCUGGACACGGUGCAGGGCGCCAUCAACUUCGUGCCGCCGAUUGCCAUGGCCAGCUGGGCGCUGGGCAACAUCAGCGCGCUGGUGCUGGGCUACGUGGUGCUGGUCUACCUGGCCGCCACCACCAGUCUCGGCACGGGCUUCAUGUUCGGCUACCAGAUAGGUGCUGCUGGCGUCGGGCCAGGUGGCGCACAUGUGGUCGGUGACGCCGCGGCUGGAGGUGUCGCCGCGCGCCGCGCAGCACUGCCGGCGCGUGUUCGGCCGCUGCGGCCUGCUGCAUCUGCUGCUGCCGCUCGACCGUCGGCCGUACGCCUCGCUCGACCAGGCUGACUUCGGGCUGGACGAGGUCAAGGUCCUGUAGAAGUCGGCCGCGCUCAGCCUCGCACUCAACGCUUCGAAGCACGCUAAGUCGUCGUCGCUCGUUUGCGCUCAAGCAAGAGUGGCCCGCUGUGGGUGGAGGGGUGCGCUAGCGAGAGGGAGUUCGGUUCCCCACGCACGGGAGCACGUAUGUGAUAAGAUUAUGAUGAUGCGAGGUGGCUUGCUUUCAUCCGAGAGUCGGUACUUACGAAAUCAAAGCACUGUAAAAGCGAUACGCAGUGUAUUUGGUUCGUCAUGAUUGGCUCAAUUUAAAGUGUUCGCCCACUUCUCGCUGGAACAUCUAAAUAAGGGUGAAUCGGAAGGCACGUGCUCCAACCAACCGAGCCAUUGAGAUGGACAAACCCUGCUGUAAACCGGCAAAGCUUUAGCGUAAACUGGAUGCUUUGGAAGGUGAGGGCGUCACAGAGGUGCUUUGCCUGCGUUAGCGCUGUAUCACACAGCGUCAGGACCAGAGAAGGCAGGGGGCGACAGUGGCAAUAUGUCGGCAUUGGAGAUAUGCGUGGGCUGAAUGACUGCUCUCUAAAACCACUUCCCGGCUUGUUCUAAAAGGGAAAAUGAUCUCUAACUUGAUUUCUUCAAGUGCGUUUUGUCGGGAGACCGAUGGCGGGAGCGUAGCCACCACGUCACCAGCCGGUGCCAUGGGCGACCAGUGCUGCAGGGCGCACUCAGCGGAGGCUCUGACAGGAGAGCGCCCGGGCGCGGCGAGGCCAGGCUACCGUGAAGGUCCGGCGCGCCUCCCGCCGGCCGGUGGGAGCGUCCUGGAGUUGGGGCCUGCUCGCUCCGCGGCGCACGCGUCUCACGCUGACCAGCUGGGCCAGGGCCAGUCAAUCGAAGCCGUGCUUUCUCCUGCCGCUCGCCGUGCCGUGCCGUGUUGUGCCGUGUGCUGCUCUUGCCGCGCGUGCCUCGUAACGGAUGACUGCUGUGGUAGCAAUUUUGGCGAUCAAACCCGGGUCGUCUCACCUCCGGACCUGAAUUUGAAUUGCCUUGCUUGCUGACUGUGACAAGUCUAUUUGGGCUGUUUUUGUUGGCCGGAUAUGCUGUCACAUGUUGUCAGCGUAAGUGACGUAAGUUACGUAAGUAAGCAGUGACAAUCAAAAAUGGUCGCCUUAAAGAGCGUUAAUUGUAGUAGUGUCACUUAGCUGUGGCAGCCCGCUUCGGGGAGUUUCUGGGGUAUGAGUGUGUUGUCAGCACUGAUUGAUAAAGCCCGUAUUUACUAAUGAAUGAUCUCGUUCAAUUGUUAAAUGGACGGCCUCCGCUUCGUCACCUUUAACGAUAAAAUUAUCAUGGCUUUGGUGGUCCGUGCGUGCUUCAGAACUUCAUCAACGAUGCUGAGUUGGCCAAUAUGUGGCUGUCAACACCGGUGACAACCAUGACAACCUUAGUCAGCUCCAGGCCAGUACGCGUCUGCACGACCGCUCUUGAUAUGCGCUCAACGAAUCCAAAGCAAAGAGGCUUGCGGGAGAGUACAGCUCCCUGCCGGAAGCAUUCGGUCACGGCUGAAAUAUAUUCCUGCGUAGUGUUUGGGGCACCGUGUGCAGGGGUGACGUCACCGACGAGCCGAAAUAGAAACCUGCAGUGUGCAUAUUUGUCGCGAGUUUUGCGUUGUCGGCCGUGUUAUGUUGUUGACUGUUUUUGCGGAGCGAUUGAUCGUACCUGCCCAUGUCUGGAUCGUUCGUUUGCGACAGGGGAACGGCAUUGUAGUCUCAAUGCUUCCAUGCCACGUGUCGGUAUUUGGGUAUGGUAUUGGCAUGCAUGGUAAAUGUUCCCACGCUACGUCUCGGUAUUUAGGGCCGAAAGUGGAAUGGUAGUCUAAUCCUAUCGACGCGCUUAUGUUAAUCAUAAUUAUAUGAUUUUGCAUGUGUAUCUGGAGUAACCAGCAAGAUGUCGCAACUGUCGCUGUCCCAUACGGUGUCUCUGAGAAAAGGGGGACAGGCUUGCGUUGGCUGGCCAUUUUGCCGCUGUCAGUUAGUAGAAGACAAACUGACGACGCGUUUCCUAGUCUAGAUUGUGCUCCCAUUCUCAUUAUGUCAUUGUGACCGUGUGGCGAGCGGCGGUUGCUGCUGUGAUAUAUCGUUUGAAGCAAUUGCUAUCGUAGCGCGCUGAUAGCGUUCGAGUCAGCGUGGUAGCGAUUUGCAUGGCAUGCGCUUCUCACAAUUUCAUUGUUCCCAAAUUCCUGGUUCGGUUAGGUUGUACGGCCGAGAAGCGUGUGAUGAGGCCGUGGACGUUCAUGAAUGCCCAGCCUGCGCUGGCUGUGUAACAUUGCAUCGUUCAGUUCCCAUUUUGACUCGAUGCUACAUUGAAGUGCACGAUGGUGAACUUUGGUCAACGACCACACACUCGACCGCACAGAAGGAAUCGAGGAAUGAGGCCUUUUCGCACCCUCUACGGAUGUCUUGGGCUGAACUCGG